AUGGACCCAGAAAGGCUCGGAGUGAGAGAUAGCGAUUUUGUUCGCGGCGGACUCGCAAUUGGUAUCGCGAUUCUCGCGAUCAUUGUUUUAUUUCCAGGCAUUGGCUACAAGGGUGGCCUGGUCAAUAACAAGAAAACAUUCGAGCUUUCAUGGAGCCACGCGAAAAGACGCUUUCAGUCUGGCGCACGUGAGCUCAUCACCGCAGCUUUCAAUCAGAACGAUGGAAAGCACAAAGAUGCAUUCUACAUGGUCACAGAUAAUGGCGUCGAAAUGAUUAUUCACCCAAAAUAUGCCAAUGAAAUCCGCAACGACGAGCGAUUCAGUAUCUCCGCCUACAAUGAGCAGUCUUUCCACGGAAGAAUACCUGGGUUUGAAAUGUUCAAGGAAAAUAUCGUUGAGGAACAAUUAUUUAUCAAUGCGGUACGGAGCAGGCUGACUCGGUCUCUUGGCAAACUCCUAGGACCUAUUUCAGAGGAGGUCACUAGUGCCCUUCGACAGCACUGGACCGACAAAUGGCAUAGAAUUUCUCUGCACUCAACGGUGCUGCCUGUCAUUGCGCAGCAGUCAUCCAGAGUUUUCCUGGGUGAAGAGCUCUGUCACAAUGCGGACUGGUUGCGAAUCACGGUAAAUCAUACCGUUAGCUUCUUCAUGGCUGUAGAGGCUUUACGUGUGUGGCCGAAGAUUUUGAGGCCCCUGGCAGCUAAAUUCUCACCCAUGUGCAAAAAUCUGCGGGCGGAGAUUGAAGAGGCUCGUCGCAUUAUCACGCCCAUCUUGGAAAAUCGGAGAGCUCAGCGGCAGGCACACUCAAAGUACGCAGCUUCCACGAAGCCUGACGACUUGAUUGAAUGGUUGGAAGAAACGGCUGAUGGUCGUUCUUACGACGCGGCUGGCGCCCAGCUUAAGAUCUCCGUGGCAGCCAUACACACUACUUCUGAUCUUCUGACACAGACACUCUUCAAUAUUGCCGAUAAUCCUGCACUGAUUCGAGACCUGCGCAGAGAGACUAUGUCGACUGUCGGGACACAUGGCUGGAAAAAGGCUACGCUCUACAACAUGAAGCUGAUGGACAGUGUGUUGAAAGAGACUCAGCGGCUGAAGCCGAUUUCCAUCGGUACAAUGGUGCGUGUGACUUUGGACGAUGUGACAUUAUCCGACGGACUGCGCGUCCCCAGGGGCACCAAGACGCUCGUUUCAUGUCACAACAUGUGGGAUAAGGGAGUCUAUGAUAACGCCGAUCAAUUCGACGGAUACCGAUUCUACGAACUUCGAAAACUUCCCGGACAGGAAAACUCUUCGCAGCUGGUCUCGACUAGCCCAAAUCACUUUGCAUUUGGGCAUGGUCUCCACGCCUGUCCAGGUAGAUUCUUCGCUGCGGCGGAGGUGAAGAUCACGCUUUGUCAUAUUCUUCUUAAGUAUGACAUUCGGCUUGUCGGGGAGCGUCCAAAUGUGAUCGAGCACGGUGUAGCUCAGUAUGCCAACGCCUGGGGCCAGAUUGAGAUCAAGCGACGUGAGGAGGAAAUUGCUUUAUGA